AUGGAUUUCGUCUGGGGUUCCGUUUUCCGUCCCUUCGAAGAAAUUCCUUCUGCCAUCGAAGCUGCCGUUCUAUCCGAGCUUAAAGCGACACUGCCGCUAGAAAACCUAUCAUCAGAGGAGCUGACAUCAACCCUUAAGCAAUGCGAAGACGAACCGCAAAGCUUCGGUUAUUUCCCUGACUUGUGGGGAGAUUCGAAGCCGCACAUCCCAACCCAGGAGCAUUUGCUGCCAGCACUUACUGAUCAACCAAUGCAGAUGUGGAACGUGGAAAACACCGAUUUGAAGGUUGGAGUAAAACUGUUGGGCUACGCCGACGAGCUCAAUCUGUCGUCGCAGCCAGUGAAAAAACCUCGGUCCUCAAAGCUGAAGCGUUUCACCAGCCAAUGGAACUGCGAGCAGUGUGGAAAGGCCUUCAAGUCCAAAGGAGGACUCACUCAACACAACGAGAAGAUCCACUCCGGCCCAACACCACACAGAUGCGAUAUCUGCGGCAAGCGCUAUCGGGACUUCGACAGCAUGGAUCAGCAUCGGCAGCGGCAUCUGAUGAAGGAUAAGCCCUGUAAGUGCAGCGAGUGCCCGAAGCAGUUCAUCCGAGAAUCGGAUCUCCGGCGACAUAUGGGGCUGCAUCACGGCGUCAGUCCACAUCGAUGCGACAUUUGUGGGAAGGCGUUCGACCGGGCUGACCAUUUAACGAAACACAAGUGGAGCCAUGAGAACGGGACCGUGAAGAAGCCUAAAGUUUAAAGCUGUAGUAGUAACGGGCUAGUUUUGAAGCAUGUAUUUUUUGUAAAUAAAACUGAUUUUGUAGCAUGAACUUCACGUAUUAUUCUUUCAGGGUUCUUUCUAGAUGCAGACAUGAGUUUUCGUCUACUUUGGUUAACUUCUUCUUCUUCUGUGUGCCUCUCUUCAACUUAGUGUUCUUUGAGCACUUCCACAGUUAUUAAUUGGAGGGCUUUCUUUGCAUGAAUUUUGUACCUUCUUGAGGCAAGCACAAUGGUACACUAUGCCCAGAGAGUCGAGAAAAUUUUCCCGACCGGAACGGGAAUCGAACCCGCCGUCUCCGGAUUGGCGAUCCAUAGCCUUAACCACUAGGCUAACUGGCGACCCGUUAUCUGCGCCGGUGAUCCGGUUCGAUUUGCAAGCAGCAACGAGAAAGGCGCACUUCCGAACCGCCGUGCGCAUUUGGUGGUAGCGGCACAAUACUAAGAAUGAGCCAUUUUACGAAGUGACAACAAUGUUGAUGAUGAUAUUGAUUUUCACGGGUUAGGACGCUACCUCCUGUCAAAAUUUCAUUCAUAAAAUCGGCUCGUAAAAUGGACUACAGCAUUCUUGUGGAGCCUCGUAGUCGUGCGGUUAGGGUCACCAGGCUUAUAAUCGCACCAUGCUAUGGGGUGAGGGUUCGAUUCCCGCUUCGGGCGUUGAAACUUUCCGUGAGA